UUACGUAAUAUCCGUUGUAUAUUAUUUGGCGGAAAUUCCAAUAAAUACCAAACAAAAAGAAAAUAAUCAAACUGAAAACAAAACAGCAAGAACUCGCCGUCAAUGAAUCAUUGUUUUUAUGAGCAAGUUACUGUGUUAUUUUUGAAAGUAGGACUUUCGAGGCUGACAAAUGGAGCUUGAACCGACCGACUUAUUUGCCGAAGAGCAAAUUGAAGAAUACAAAGAGACGUUCUCUCUGUUCGACAAGGAGGGGGACGGUACGAUAUCCCUCCGUGAACUGGGCACGGUGCUAAGGGCCCUGGGGCAGCAUCCCACGGAGGCAGACUUGAACGACCUCAUAGGAAACAUGGAGGUGGAAGGUCACACUACUAUCGAGUUUCCCCAAUUUCUGAACAUUUUGUCUAAAUUAAUCAAGGACACGGAUCCCGAGACUGAACUCACCGAGGCAUUUAAAAUAUUUGACAAGGAGAACACGGGCAAUAUCGCGUGCGCGGACCUCCGGCGGAUCAUGACGACGUACGGAGAGACGCUCACAGACGAGGAGGUGGAGGAGAUGAUCAAGGAAGCCGACACCGACGGCGACGGCAUUGUUGACUACGCCGAGUUCAUUGCCAUGGUGAUACAGCAAUAGUUGGGACCAGAUACUGCUGGCUGAAAGUUAUUCAUGAUCACUACUGUUGUGUACAUUUUGUUCUAAUAUACUGUAUGCUGUAAA